AUGGUGAGUGGUGCCCAAUGCGCGUCCUUUCUGCGGAGAAUCGUGGCAGGUCCGCGAAUUCAUCAUCCUGAAGCAUGUCUUGACUUGUGCUACGUUACCGAUGACAUUAUAGCGACAUCUGGCCCGUCGUCAACGUAUCCUAAACGCGCGUACCGAAACCCUACAGAAGACCUCGUUCGUUUCCUUGACUCAAAGCACGGAGAAGACUGGUCGAUUUUUGAAUUCCGUGCUGAAGGGACUGGAUAUCCUGAUGACGAAGUCUACGGGCGUAUUCAUCAUUUUCCAUGGCCAGACCAUCAUCCACCCCCAUUUGCUUUGAUACCACCGCUUAUGGCCAGUAUGCGGAACUGGCUGAACGGCGAGGGAAAGAGUAGGAGAAUUGCGGUGGUGCAUUGCAAGGCGGGCAAGGGCAGAAGCGGAACUGUUGCCUGCAGCUAUCUUAUUAGUGAGCAGGGCUGGAGCGCAGAGGAUGCAAUGAAACAGUUCACGGAGCGCAGGAUGAGAGCUGGAUUCGGUGCCGGAGUGAGUAUACCCAGCCAGGUUCGAUGGGUGGGCUACGUCGAGCGCUGGAAGAACGUGUUCAACAAGAUAUACGUCGAACGCCCUGUUGAGAUUGUUGAGAUUCAUAUCUGGGGGUUACGAAAGGGACUCAAAGUCGAUGUGGAAGGGUAUGUGGAUGAAGGUCGGAAGAUAAAACGAUUCCACCGGUUCGGUAAAGAUGAAUUCUUCUACCAGAACGGCAGCAGUCCUUCGGGGGAUCCUUCUUCUACCCGAAAGGAGGAGGAAGAGAAAGGGGUGGGCAAACAAGAUGUUUCCUCUUCAAAUGCAUCUUCUACUCCGACCAAAUCUGUCCGAGACGUCACAGAGCCAGAGAACAUGAUGGAUGCCGCUUGGUCAGCCGUCGCUUCUGUCCCAAGCGAUGCAACGGAGAAUGUUGUUAUCCGGCCCAAGAAACCAGUCAUCGUGCCUACGUCAGACGUCAAUAUCGACUUUGAACGACGGGCAGCGGUAUCAUACACAGAUUGGUCGAUGGUCACCUCUGUCGGCCAUGUCUGGUUUAAUGCCUAUUUCGAAGGUGGCCAUGACCACGAUUCCGGAGUAUUCGAAAUUGACUGGGACACCAUGGAUGGGAUCAAGGGGACCUCAAGGAAAGGGAUAAGGUCGCUAGACCGUCUCAAAGUUGUUUGGCGGUAUCAUACGCCUCCUGGAGAGGAUUCUGCAACGGCCAAAGGGGCAGAAGCUGGUGUUCCUGGUGCUCCACCGCCUGGCAAGGUCAUUGCUGAACCUGGUCCAGGAGAAGAAGUGUCAGAGGGUCAAGCUGCCGAUUGGCGUGGACAAGAGCAAAGCGCCGACGACGGAGAGAAGAGAGAACUGUUAGAGCCAAAGCGCCCACAUGAAGACAGCUAUCUAGAGCAGAGUGAUUCGGCUGCCACCGAUUCCAAGCCGAAAGCAUAA